AUGAUACGCGGCUUUCGACCACGAGUGGCCAUUCUGGCCGCGGUCGCCAUUCUCUUCUCUCUCAUCCUCGUUCUACUCGUGCUGCAGGAUCGCGAAACUGGGUAUCUCUACGCCCUGGUUCCUCCCGACCUUGGAAGCCAGCGCCAACAUGGCAACGACUGGGCUGGCGCCGACGCCAACGGCAAUACCGACACGGACGACGUCAACACCACCCAUCCCAUCGACGAGCUCAUCGAAGAGGCCCAGCUGCGUCACCGCCAACUUCUCGGCAAGCAAUCCCUGACCCUGCGCCAGGCCGCCUCACGCUACCGCGAACGCCGCGGCCGUCACCCGCCGCCGGGCUUCGACGUCUGGUUCGCCGCCGCCAUGGCCUCCAAGGCCGUCAUCGUCGAGGAGUUCUUCGACCGCAUACACCACGACAUCAACCCCUUCUGGGCCGUCGACCCCGCCGAGAUGCGCCGCCACGCCGCGCGGCAGGCGUUCAUGAUCCGCGUGCGCGGCGGCAAGACGGCCACGGACACGGAGGGCGAGGAGCCGCCGUACCGCGUGCGGCAGUGGGCCAAGCUCGUCGCCGAGAUGGAGCCGCACAUUCCCGACCUCGACAUGUUCGUCAACGUCAUGGACGAGUCGCGCGUGCUCGUGCCGUGGGACACGAUGCGCGGCUACAUGGCCAAGGAGCAGCAGGGGCGGCGCCUCGUGCCCGUCGACGAGGCCGUGUUUGUAGGAGAGAAAAAAAAUUUUUUUUUUUUUUUUCCCCCCCCUGAAUCACUGCUGCUGGAUCAUGCGACAUUUCAGACGAGUAUACUGGGAUGA